GAAGUUCAGAUGUUUCACUAUGACAGUAACACCAGGAGAGCAGAACCCAAACAGGACUGGAUGAGCAGAGUCACAGCAGAUGAUCCUCAGUACUGGGAGAGGGAGACUCAGAGCUCUCUGGGUGCACAGCAGGUCUUCAAAGCCAACAUUGAAAUUGCAAAGCAGCGCUUCAACCAAACUGGAGGUGCACACAUUAACCAGAGGAUGUACGGCUGUGAGUGGGACGAUGAGACUGGAGAGCUUAAUGGGUUUAAUCAGUAUGGUUAUGAUGGAGAAGACUUCAUAGCAUUUGACCUGAAGACAGAGACAUGGAUCGCUCCAACACCACAGGCUGUCAUCACCAAACACAAAUGGGAUAAUAACAGAGCUUUGACAACACAGAGAAAAAACUACCUGACCCAGAUUUGUCCUGACUGGCUGAAGAGGUAUUUGGCCUAUGGGAGGAGCUCUCUGCUGAGAAAAGUUUUUCUCUGCACCUGCAGGAUGCUCUUACAGAACUCG